CUUUUUCAAAGAGUCUAACUCAUACGUCUCAUAACGGCUUGCCACUCAUACAUUCAAGUAAAUUCAAGUUUCCGGUGUUUCUAUUUGAGUGUGGAAAACCACUCAUUUACCAACGUGGCCAAACACAAGAAAAUCACCUCGACGGAUUGGUAGUCACCAACACCGAAAAACAAAUGAUCGUACGUGAGAUUGAGAAUCUGGAAAGAUGACGAGCGAUGCUGAGAGAGAUUCCAAUGAUUCCAAUGAUUCCAACAACUGUCUGAUAUGCAAUGACAAGAUCGCCCUAUCACUCAAGAAUUGUGUCAAGAUUUUCAGCGAUGAUGGGAAUGGCAGUGAUAAACCACUUGCUGAGACCAUAUGCUGUUUACUUGAUACCGAGAUUACAGCUGAUAAUGCACAUUCAGUUAUUUUGUGUGAGAAAUGUUUAAAAUUGUGUCAAGAGUUUGAGGUGUUGCAGGCCAAGAUGAUGCAGAUCAAGGAAGAGAUCAUGAGUGAUUAUCAAAAAACUCUGAAACAAGUCUCGGAAUCGAAUAGUGCUGGAGAUGAAUGUAAUGAUCAUGAUUAUUUGGAUGGAGUUGAGCAUCACAUUGUUGAGGAGGCAGAACCCGAAGAGAAGGAAAUUAAGAAUGAUCCUAAAACGGAAAUCACAGAGAUUAAGGAUGCCCUAGAUACCACUAUGGAGGAGCAUUUGGAUGAGCAAUAUUUACAAGAGGAUCUCAAUACCGAUCAUGCGGAGCAGACAAAAAUGACGGAAGUAUACCUGGAUGAAUCAAUCAGCAUCAAAUUUGAAGAGGAAUCUGACUCAUCAAAAACGGCGCAGCUCGAGGAGAAGAGGAAAAAGGAAACAAAGCGACUAAGGGGAACUGUCAGGGAAGAACCUCAAGAGCCGAUUGUAUCCAAAGUUGAAGACACCUAUACGUGUCUUCUGUGUCCCAAAGAUACGGAUGAACCGAUGACUGGAGAUGCUAAAGAAAUAGUGGCUCACAUGAAGUCGAUUCACGAGGCCCGACUAUACAUCUGUGACAUUUGUGGGCUUGACUUUCGAAAAAGGAACGAAUUAUCGAUUCAUCUCGACGAUCACGUUGCAAAAGAGGAGGGUGAUUUUCAAUGUGAAGUUUGCAACAGAAUAUUCAGUAAUUUAAGACUAUUCAGGAUUCAUCGGAGAAUACACUAUCCUCAAGUGAAAUCGUGGCCUUGCGAGACAUGCGGCAAACGUUACAGCUCCAGAAAUCUUCUCGAUGAGCAUGUUAAUACUCACAUUGGUGUAAGGCCGUAUAUUUGUGAGACCUGUGGCAAGGAUUUCGCGUCAAAGUAUACGUUCAAGGCGCAUGUUAAGACCCACGAAGUUCGACCAAGACCUUUCGAAUGUACCCAGUGCAGCAAAACUUUCCUCAGCCAGCAGAAUCUCAAUCAGCAUGAAAAAACUCAUCUGGGAGUCAAGGAAUAUGUCUGUCAUCAAUGCGGAAAAGCAUUUGGCUCGCCGCAUAAUCUCGAGGUCCACAACAUCGUUCAUACUGGUUACAAGCCUUACAUUUGUAAAAUGUGUGGAAAAGCAUUUGCACGAAAAGCAGAAAUUCGAGAUCAUGAAAGAACACACACCGGUGAGAAGCCCUAUCAAUGUGAAUUUUGCGGUGCCACAUUCAGUCAACGAUCUAAUUUACAAUCACACAAACGAGCGACCCAUUACAAUGACAAAAGGUAUAAGUGCGAUGACUGCGGAAAGGGCUUCAAGAGACGUAGACUUCUGGAUUAUCACAUAAAAGCUGCUCACACUGGAGAAAGACCGUACAAGUGUGAAACUUGUUCGGCGACAUUUGUUUAUCCAGAGCAUUUCAAGAAACAUAUGAGAAUUCAUACUGGGGAAAAACCUUAUCUGUGCGAGGUAUGCGGAAAGGCGUUCAACAGUCGAGAUAAUAGAAAUGCCCACAGGUUCAUUCACAGCGACAAGAAGCCUUACGAGUGUCUCGUUUGUGGCAUGGGAUUCAUGCGAAAACCUCUUCUUUACGCCCAUAUGCAAUCUCAAGGCCACUUGAAUGACACAAUUGUUGUCAAUCAGCCAAGACUGACGACUGAGGAGGAUCAGGUCAUCCUUCCUGGUGGAGGUGUUGAAUUACUGAUGGAAGAAAACGCUGAUGAACUUGGAGAGACUGAGUUGUACGUAACUGAUCUCAAGGACCAUGUAAUUAUUCAUGGAAACGAUAAUAUCUAUCAGGAGGAAAGUGUUUUGGACAUUACUGAUGGAGAGGGCAUAGAGGAGGGAGCAGUGCAGCACAUGGUUGUCGAUAGUCAGAUGACCUUUACUGAGGGCGAAGUAAUCCAAUGUAAAACGAGUGAAGAUGGUGAACAAGUGUACAGCUAUAACGAUCCUGCAGAUGGUGAAACGAUAGUCGUAUCGACGGGGGCUGAUUACAAAGACUUGAUGGGUGAUAGUAAGAAUCCAGUGAGAUUGGUUCAAAUAAGAAUACCAUCCUCAGUUGGUGUCGAUGGAAAAAAUUGGUUGAGUCUCGUUCAGCAGAACACGUAAUUUCAAAUCGAUUGAACGAUUUUAUAGUUAAUUUGUCGUAAAUUAAAGGAGAAAAAAUGUUAGAAAUCAUUACCCCCUUUUUUCAAGUUCACUUAAGCUUUUUAUGUUCAUUUAUUUUUAUUUCCACAAUGAUAAUAUCGAUGAUACUAUCAAAUAAAAUAGGUACCGAUUUUCUAUGA